ACUGCUUAUGAGGUAGAAGCCCCGAGUAAAGUGGAACUCGAGCUUGUCUGGGAUACUCUGUCGCUGUACAUGACUCUGACUCGGGCAUUGAGUUCAUUUCACACUUGCAAUAAAGCGAAGGCUCUUUAAACAUGUAAGUAGAAAGCUGGGUUAUUUAAAAAAUAAAUUUUCCAUUGCAUUCUCUCUUAAACUGUUUGAGCCAUUAUGAUAUAAAUUAGUCGAAUUUGUUGUUUUUUUUCGUCUAAAAAUCGGAAUAUAUCAUCCCAUUAAGAAAAAAAAUGUGUUUCAUUUGUGCUAGUGUAAAGACAUCUCGACAUUAUCGGAUAGGAUAGAAACAAGUGAUGCUUUACAGAUAAGUUGUUAUUAUUGGCAAUAUUUGAAUCUGAUCUUUAACACACAAACACAAUAGAAACUGGUACUCUUAUGUCAUAUUGACAUUAAGUUGAGUCUCCAGGCUGGCACUGUCAUUAGAAUUGUUUACAAGUGCUCCAUUAAGUUGCUUCUUCUCACACAAAAAAAGGUAGUGUCAGGACUGAAGUCGCUUCACGUGCAAAUUCAUUCAAGUGAGUAAUUCAUCAGACGGGGGUGGUGGGGGGGAGGGGGGGCAGCAUAGUAGUCUAGCAGUUGUUCUUCUUGUAUCGGACUUUCAACAUAGAUUUGGAUUAUGGAUCGAUACCGCCGAUUAGAAGUUCAGAUGGAAGCUAAAAAAAAACAUAAUCAAACGGGUUUUGGUAAAGAUUACUUUUAUUUUCGCCCUCAAUGGUAACGGGAUUGCUGUGACGUUUUCCUGAAAAUGUUGCCUUAAAUAAUACAGAAUGCCAUUCUUCCACAAACACUCAUGGGAAUGGGCCUGUUGCUGCUUCUGUGAAUAUUUCACAUCAUUGAAAUUUAGUGACCUAACUACUUAUAGACACAUUUUGAUUGACUUAAAAUUCAAAAUUAUACUUUUUUUUUCACAUUUUGUUUGGUUCAAAUUCCCAAUUUAUACUAAAUUUAAAAAGUUCCCUUUGGAAAUGCUCUUGUGUCUAUUUGGGCAUAAAUACUAUCUACACAACGAUGUUGAUUUAUGAAAAAUAUUUUGAAAGUGAAUUAGUAAAUAAAAAUAUAAUUUAACAGGCCCGUAGAGGGAAGAAUAAAAUAAAGCGAACCCGGGUUCCGGAUCUGGCGCGUGUGCCGUAGUUUGCCAAACCCUGAGAAAGACACACAUAAAUUGAUGUUUUGUAACUCCAGAGGCAGUAAUGUCUCCAGUCAGUCCAUGAAAUAGAGAUCAUUUGAUUUUUCAUUUCAUUCCUCACCAGAUUAUUAGAGAUGUCUUACUUCAGCUCACCAAUGCUGGCUAUCGCCGUCUUGUCAGUUCUACUAGUGCAUCAGAAAAUUGCAGUGUACGGAAAUGCAAUUUCAAAUCUGGUGACGCCUAUGGGUGUUACAUUAGAACAUCUGAGUGUGAACCACAAAAGAACGCAAGUUCAAUAUGUCACACAAACAUUUGAAAGACACCCGCCAAAUAAAUAUAAACAAGUAGAUUUUAAAAUGAAUCACAAUGCAGACCUACUGGAUAGUGAAAAUGACACAGAUGAUAGAAAUUAUACUUUUGUCUACCCUGACAAUAACUAUAAAUGUCCACCAUGUGUUUGUACCGACAGAAAGGAUGGAGUUUUAACAGCUUCGUGUAAUUUGGUGAACAUCUCGGAGGUUCCUCAAAAUCUAACCACUGGUAUAGAAAUUCUAACUGUCACUGAAUGUUCAAUUAUAGCAUUUGAUAUGAGCGAAUUCAAACUGUAUAGAAAUCUUAAAAGCGUGAUCAUUUCCAACAACACAGUGUUGAAUACCAUACGAAGAUCGUCGGGAUCUAACCCCACCUCGACUAUCCUCACAUUAUUCAUCGACAAAAACCACAUUGAAAUGGUGGAGAGCUACAGUUUCACAGACAUGUUGCGCCUUCAAACGCUAUCCCUGACUGAGAACCGCUUAAACAAAUUAACGGAAAACAUGUUUUCAGGACUCAGAAGUCUUAGGAGGUUAGAUGUUUCACGUAAUAACAUUCUCUUCGUUGAUAACAAGACAUUCGACGAUUUAAACAGUUUACUCAUCCUCGAUAUAAGUGGCAAUCUACUUCAGGUCAACAAUCCCCAACUUCUGCCCCCAAGUGCAUUUCUGAACAUCAACCAAUUAGAAGAACUUUAUAUUCAAGGCAAUUGUGAGCGUGAUCUCUUGUUAUGUAGCUUUCCACAGCUAGUGAUACAACCGUUGAAAAGAUUGAGAGUUCUUGCCAUUGACGUACAUAAUGAAAACGGCAUAGGACCUGAAAGUACGACACUUUUAAACCUACACACGUUGAUUAUUGAUUCAAAUUCGUUUUGCACUACGCGAAUGAUUAAUGAGACAUUCUUUGACCAAACUCCCAACUUAGUAUCUUUAACAAUACAAAACUGCCCGUUGGUUAGCAUUCUGCCAAAGGCGUAUUCGAAGCUUUUACACUUAGAGAACCUAACGAUCAAAGCUGUGCCGCCAGAUUACAAUCUCUGCCUAGCUUUAAGCGACAUCCAAGGUUUACAGAAUGCUUCUCUUAAGUAUCUCUCACUCUCAGGUGUGAAUAAAUAUGACUGUGCUUGUAGGAAGCUUGACGUUGGGCAAGGCAAGUACUUUAAGCAACACAACUUGAUCGAACUUGAUCUUUCGUGGAACAAUAUUAUAACCAUUAUACCAGGGUUUACUGCGAUGUUACCGAAAAGUUUAAAAAAGAUUGAUCUAAGUGGGAAUGACUUAUCUGCCGGCGUGCUCUACAGACCACUAAGAUUUCCAGAUGAACUUACGGAGCUAAAUCUAAGCUACGAAACGUAUCAGUAUACAAGCCAAUGUUCGGCAAAGGACGUCGAAAGAGAUGACAAAAGCAUGAAUGACAACUACAGUCGUUUAGAUGACGUUGAUUUCUCUGAAAAGCCAUAUGACGAUAAAUAUAUCUACGCAUCAAACAUGUCCCGGAAGUCCUUUGAAUUCAAUACCAUGGAGCAGGAACAACCUCAAAAUGGACGUUUUCAGUUUGUUAAUCCACUUUAUUUUCAUUUCCCAAUUAAUGUAAAAAUUUGGAAUGCCAUAAAAUUCCCACAAUUCGGUACACUUGUCCUAAGACGUGUUUACGAGCAGAAUUCUUCCUUAACAAAAAUACAUUUUUCUGGAGGUUUUUUUGAGACGUGGGGAACAUCCCACAUGCUGUCUAGAAUAAAACAUGCAGACUUGAGCAAUAAUUUCUGUACAGACAUGAGUACGAAAUUUUUGACUAAAAACAACAGUCUAGAGCAUUUGUCUGCUGCUAACAAUUACCUGGGGAAUGUCUUCUCCAACGAUUCCCAAGGUUUGUUAUUUGGAAAAGCCAAGAGACUUAAGUACUUAGACAUCUCAAAAAAUCUCAUCAACGAAAUACCAAAGAAGUUUUUCAAGGGUUUGGUCAAACUUCAAACGUUGAUAACUACCGAUAAUAAGCUAGAACAGCUACAUAGCAGUUUCUCUCAUAUGAAGGACUUGACGUUGAUUGACUUCAGUAGAAACUCUAUCACUUGGAUGAGUAGGAACACACGUGACGACCUUGACCUAAUUGCCAUGGGUCACGAAGUGUACUUGGAUCUGACCUCCAACCCUCUGCCCUGUACGUGUAGUGGAAUAGAAUUGAUGCAAUGGCUGGCCACUACCAAUGUUUUUCUUUUGAACAGAGAUUUCCUUGUGUGCGUCAAUGAAACAAAUGAAAUACAAGAAAUCGGAGAUGUCGGUGAGAUGGUUCAAAUUUUAAAACGGCGGUGUACUUCUAAAAAUGCCUUGAUAGUAACAUGUGUAUUUGUCAUUAGUUCUUUCAGUAUCGUAUUAACAGCUUCGAUGAUGUAUCGAUACCGCUGGUGGUUGCGAUAUUUACUGAAUGUGGCUUUGGCUAAAUUGUUUGGUAAAAAGUUAUCAGACAAUACAAAUACUUUCCAAUUCGAUGCUUAUAUUUUAUGCACAGAUGAGACUCGAUUUUUUGUACUUCGUGAUUGUGUCCGUGAACUAGAAACAAAUAGAGGCCAUCGACUUUGCAUUGAGGAGAGAGAUUUUUUACCUGGUACUUACAUGCCGUCUGAUAUUCUGAGUGGAGUACGGAACAGUGCCGCGACUGUUGCUAUGGUAACGCCGGAGUUUUAUGAAGAUGACCUAUCAGAAUACCGUAUUAAGAUGGCACUGAUGGAGGAACGCUCGGCAAGGCGGACUUUACUUUACGUGUGUAUGUGCGAACCUACUCGUGAUGAAGAUUUAUCUGACGAUCUCUUGACUUUAUUGAGAAACAAUCGCUACAUCGAAUGCCCGCCCCUAGAUGAAACUAUUGCUAAUGUUGGCAAAGAAUACUGGGAUCAGUUCUCACUUUUAAUAGGGCGAUCUGUGUGGAAAGGUAUGGUUAAGCAAACCUAAUGUGUAGAAGAAGGUAGCUAUGAUAAUGCAAUAAUAGGAUCUAAGAUAAUGUAUUUACAAUGUGCAAGUGAUACUGAAAGGUACAUUAACAACAUGCUAUAAUCCAUUAAGAAACAAAAGUAAUCUCUUAUAUAUAUUUUGCUUGUGAUGUGACAGCUUCCUUUUCCUGAGAGCGCGAAAUAUAUAAUUCCAUGAUAAGUACGCUAAAUGAUUUAAAAAAAAAAAAAUAACGCACCGUCGUUUGGUACGCAUAUUUUCUUUUUGGAAAUGUAAUCGUCUAAAUAUGGUGUUAUAAAUAUUCGGUUUAAAAGUGAUUGGGACCACAGAAUAUUUAAUAUUCAAGUUUAUGGGCGUUAAAUAAAUCUAUGCAGUGACGUAUCAUGGAGGUGUAGCGAAAAUUGGGAUUCUUAAAUGUGCGUUACUUGAGUUCAUGGUUUGUCAAGUAACUGUAAUAGAUGGGAAGUUCACGCAUUGCUGUCGCCAACUAUUACACAUAUAUUCCACUUCAUAUAAAAAGACAGAUAAUAUGGUCAUAGACUUGUAUGAAAAGAAGCAGAUGAAAGUCGUGAGCGAAGGGAAACUAUGACUUAAUAAAUCACUAAAUGAACAAAAAACAACAACGUUUCAAUGUUUGUAAAUAGUCAGCUCUCAUAAUAUUAAAAGUGUAAUUUUGUUUUCCCAAAAUGUGUGAACCAAUUUUUUAAUUUGUUGCGAUUUUUGUUUACUUCGGUUAAUACAGUUUAGAACAAUAAUAAUAAUAAUAAUAAUAGAAUCACGUGCCCCCAAAAUAGGGACGGCAAGGUGUCCAGCAGAAGGAAAACAUUUUAGGCAGUUGGUUUACUAAUGUACUUACUUAAUUUUACUUUAGAGUAAACCUAUUCUGU